AUGAGUGACAAGAAGCUCAACCACAUGUCUAGUACCGUGUCUUUGGAGUCGUCCGUCGUCAAGGACGACGAUUCUGACACAAGCUUUUCGAAGGACAAACCUGAAGACGACAGAAUCAGGUUCGCCGAGAGUGAGAGACAUUAUGGCAUCUCUGUUCCUGCCAGAGCGAAGAGACGCUUGUCUUUUCACAGCCUCGGCAAAGGAGGAGACGAUGACUUGUUCACCAUUAGAGAACGAGUGCAACCCGAUGUGGUCCUUCCCACCAUCUUUAAGACUAUCUCCCACGAGGUUGACAAUACGUCGGAAGCCAAAGUCGAGCUUGAUCCCACUGCAAGCAAAUUUGCUGGAGUCACUUUCCACUCUGAUGAUCCUGAGAAGUUGUUCGUUGACUUCGACACCGAUUCAACUUAUGGCUUAAGCAUUGCCCAGCUGGCUGCCAGAGUCAAGGAGUUUGGUUACAAUGUUCAGUCAAAACCUCCCAGUCGCUUGCUCAAGAAGAUUUUCAUGUACUUCUUCGGUGGUUUCGGUAUACUUUUAAUGACUGGCGGUAUCUUAUGUAUCAUCUGCUGGAAACCUUUGGGAAAUCCAGAUCCAGCAGUUUCAAACUUGAUUCUUGGUAUCAUCUUGCUUUUUGUAUUCUUGGCCCAGGCAUUGUUCAACUUUUUCCAGGAUUUCUCCAGUUCGAGGGUCAUGGAUUCAAUUCACAAUAUGAUUCCGGUGGAGACUUUGGUUGUUCGUGAAGGUAACAUUGAGCAGGUUGACUCGAAGCUUCUUGUUCCAGGAGAUAUCAUCAAAUUCGGUGCCGGUGUCAAGGUUCCUGCUGAUGUCAGGAUUAUCGAAGCUUCAGCUGACUUGGCUUUUGACCGCUCAAUCUUGACUGGUGAAUCUUUGGCUACUCCUGCUACCGCAAACUCAGAUCCACCGCGUUCGAACUAUCUUGAGAGUAACUGCAUUGCAAUGCAGGGUACCUUUGUUGUGAGUGGUGCCGGUAGAGGUAUUGUUGUUGCAACUGGUGAUAACACUAUUUUUGGCACUAUUGCCAAAUUGACUUCUAAACCUAAGAAGGGUUUGACUCCAAUGCAGUGGGAGAUUAUUCGUUUUGUUAUGAUGACAAGUUCGAUUAUCAUUACGCUUGUUAUCCUCAUUGUCAUCCUUUGGUGUGCUUGGCUUAACAAGGAUCAUAAGGGAUGGUUGAGUGUCUCGGGUUUAAUUGUCGACAUCGUUUCUGUUGCUGUGGCUUUUAUUCCGGAGGGUUUGCCCAUUGCUUUGACUACAUGUUUGAUCAUCACCGCUAAUCAGAUGAGAAAGAGCAAAAUCUUGUGCAAAACUUUAUCUACUGUCGAAACUUUGGGGUCUGUUAGCGUGUUAUGCUUCGAUAAAACAGGGACUUUAACGAAAAACAAUAUGAUGGUCACUGACAUCUGCAAGGGCUUGCAAAAUACUCCAGUCUACAAUACAGCAUCUGAAGAGGCCGAUAAUGAGACACAUGACGAGUUAACAACUCACUUCCUCACAAUUUGCAGCCUCUGCAAUGAUACCACUGUUUCCAAAAGCGGUUCUUUGAACGGAAAUGCUACUGAUAAGGCCGUAUUCGCAUAUGCCGAUGCUAUUGUGCCAAAAUGGGAGCUUGAACAAAAAUGGAGCUCAAGAUUCAAGAUAGCUUUUAAUUCUAAGGACAAGUACAUGGCAAACCUUCUAGACGCAAACUCGUCGUACCAGCUUUCCGAGAAAUCCUGGUCCCAAAUUGGUAUAACAUUACCCUAUGGAGAGGAGGAGAGCUAUUCGUUAUUGACAGUAAAAGGUGCUCCAGAUAUCCUUUUAAAAAAUUGUUCUUCGUAUCUUCACAAAGAGUCUAAUGACGUCUCUGUGAAGAAUCUCGAUAGUGAAGCACUCGCAUCCAUAAAAAAGAUCCAGGAUCAGUGGUCUAGAGAAGGUAAGAGAGUCAUCAUGGUGGCUUCCAAAAUGGUGCAGCCAUCCACAAUCGACUUCAAUGAUAGGUUUAAAGCAACUGACCAAUUGAGGAGUGAGAUUUCCUCUGACUUGACCUUAGUUGGCUUACUCGGCAUUGAGGAUCCACCAAGAAAGGAUAUUGACGUUGUCAUCAGACGGUUGAGAGAUGCGGGGGUCAAAAUUGUGAUGAUAACAGGCGAUUUUGAGCUUACUGGUGUAUCUAUUGCUAAGCAAGUCGGUAUUGUCACUGGCAACAUUGAUGAGUACCAAGAUGUUGUGGCUGGAGCAGUAAAGGAAUACGGUUCUGAGGAUACGAGCCCUAUUGAGAGAGCCGUUAGCAUUACUGGAAGUGAUUUAAAUACUCUCACCGAUGAAGAAUGGGCGAGAGUGAUUCGGUAUGAAGAGCUAGUCUUCACAAGAACUACGCCCGAGCAGAAGCUUUUAAUCAUCAAGCAAUUUCAAAAGCAUAAGCACAUUAUCGGUAUGACAGGUGAUGGUAUCAACGAUUCUCCUUCUUUGAAGCAAGCUGACAUCGGUAUUUCCCUUAUUGAUGCGUCAGACAUUGCCAAAGAGGCAUCUGACAUAAUUUUGAUGAACAAUACAGGAGCUGAGGAUGAACUUUUCAAUUCUAUUAUUGAUGCACUCGAGUAUGGACGUUUGGUAUUUGAGAAUUUGAGAAAAACCAUUGGCUACUUGCUUCCUGCCGGUACUUACGCUGAACUUUGGCCCGUGUUGAUGAAUGUGAUCUUCGGUAUGCCACAGAUGUUGCUGUCAUUCUUGAUGAUAAUUAUUUGUUGUAUCACUGACUGUGCUGGAGCAAUCAUCUUGGCUUAUGAAAAAAGCGAGAGAAACUUGUUGCUAAAGAAACCCCGAAGCAUCACGCAAGAGAAGUUGGUCGACUGGAAGUUGUUCUUGCAUUCCUACUUCACCAUUGGAACAUACUACUGCUUUACUUCUUUCUUGGUUGGUUUUAUCAAUUUGAAGAGGCACGGGUACAAGUUCACCGACUUUUCCUUGAGUUAUGGAACGUACGAAGACUUACCUGGUGUUGACAAAAUCAUCAACAUGUCGUCUUCGAUUUACUUCGUCAAUUUGGUCAUUAUGCAAUUCUUCAAUUUGCUUGCCAUGAGGACCAGAUAUCUCAGCGUUUUCCAACACUCCCCAUUGAAGAACAAGUACAUCUUUGUGGUGAUCCCAUUCGCAUUUGCGGUAACGUUCAUUGUCAACUACAUCCCUGCAAUUAACACCUCCUUGGCAACUGCGCAGGUGCCAGUAGAGUACUACUUUAUCUCCCUUGGAUUUGGUGCAGUUGUGUUGGUCUACGACGAGUUGAGGAAGUGGUGCAACAGAAGACAUCCAAAUGGUCCCUUGGCCAAAAUUGCCUGGUAA